CCAAGGAUAUUUGAGCCCAGACCCAAUACUAAAGAGGCCCAUGGUGAUGGAGAUAGUUCGAGCGAGAGAAAGAAAGAAGAAAGUCCUUCAACUCCAUCGACGGAACGAAGGAAAGCUGAGAAGCCAGUUCUAGGUUGGACUUGGAGAGUGUAGAGCAAAGAUGAACACAGACAUCACAGCCUCCGCGAAACCAGAGUACCCGGUUGUAGAUCGGAAUCCUCCUUUUACCAAAGUCGUUGGAAACUUCAGCACUCUUGAUUAUUUUCGUUUCGUCACCAUCACCGGCGUCUCCGUCACCGUCGGCUACCUUUCAGGAAUAAAGCCAGGGAUAAAGGGACCAUCUAUGGUAACUGGAGGUUUAAUUGGGCUUAUGGGUGGAUUCAUGUACGCGUAUCAGAACUCUGCUGGCAGACUCAUGGGUUUUUUCCCCAACGACCAUGAGGUAGCUCGUUACCACAAAUGAGAAAAUCUAAUUUCACAUGUUUUAGGGUUUUCUUAUUUUUAAUUUCUUUGCUUGAUAUUAUUUGUGGUCAAUAACCAGAAUGUUGUUCUCGAAUUAAAGCUUUUGCUUUUUUGUUUGCUGAACAACGGAUCAUUCUUGUACUUUCUGAGGUUAAAUUGUGGUUUUUGGAUUGCAAAGCUAAUGCUGAAUGGCUUUUGUGCUUUCGUAA